AUUUGAAGGCGGGUCACGGGUGUUCCUGCAGGUUAAACUCCAAGAUGGCUGAAGAAUAAUACCACGGUGACAAAGCAAGACCAUGGCAAAACGGUUUUGUCGUAUACUAAACAAGUCAAUAUUUCACCGACUACCGCACAGGGCCUAUGUAAGGUUCUUUAGCAGUGCUGAGUACGAACAUGAGCCACGUAUUUUGAUUACAGGAAGUCUUGGACAGCUAGGACCUGGAGUUGCCAAGCAAUUGAGGGACUUAUAUGGAACAGAUAAUGUGAUUUGCUCUGAUGUUGUAAAGGCACCAAGAAAUAUCUUAGAGAGUGGGCCGUUCAUCUAUGCAGAUAUUUUGGAUUACAAGAAUUUACAGUCAAUCGUAGUUGAUUACAGCAUUGACUGGAUUGUCCACUUUAGUGCCCUCCUCAGUGCAAUAGGGGAGCAAAAUGUCUCAGAGGCUUUGAAAAUAAAUAUAUAUGGAUUCCAUAAUAUCAUCGAGCUUUGCAGAAGAUACAAACUGAAGCUGUUCAGUCCCAGCACCAUUGGUGCCUUUGGUCAUGACUCUCCACGGAAUCCCACACCAGACAUCACAGUACAAAGGCCAAGGACAAUUUAUGGGGUGUCAAAAGUUCACAUGGAACUAAUGGGAGAGUACUACAACUACCGUUAUGGCGUCGAUUUUCGAUCAUGUCGAUUUCCUGGCGUUAUUUCAGCUGACACAUCGCCUGGCGGUGGAACAACAGAUUAUGCCGUAGAGAUUUUUCACCAUGCUUUGAAGACUGGCAAGUUCAGCUGCUACCUACGACCAGACACCCGUAUGCCAAUGAUUUACUUGCCUGACGUCAUUCGCGCCACUGUCGACUUUUUAAAAUGUCCGAACGAGUGGCUGAAGAUACGAACAUACAAUAUUACGGCAAUGAGCUUUACACCGGAGGAGCUUUCUGCAGAGAUUAGAAAAUACAUUCCGAAUUUCGAGAUCACGUAUGCACCAGAUCCCCUUCGACAGAAUAUAGCUGAUGGUUGGCCCGAGGUACUAGAUGACACCGGUGCGAGGCAGGACUGGGCCUGGAAAGAGGAUUAUGACCUACCAAAGCUUGUUUAUGCGAUGCUGCAUGCGUUAGGCCCACAUUACAGUAACCAAGUCACUGACAAUUCUUAUGGAAGAACAAUUGCAGCCAAAAUGUGAAAUUUUACAUCGUAUUUUUAGUUAAUUUUAUUUAUUUGGCACCAUUUAUGCUCCUUUUUAGUAAAUAUUUGCACCGUCAUAUUCAAUUCAUUAUUUAAUUUCCAUAUUUUUUACUGGGAUUUGCAUGAAACUUGAGCCGUCUAGUGUUUGUAUCAGCAAUGAGGAAAACAAAGUUUUCAUUUUAUUAGAUACCUGUGUGAUGAA